UUCAUUGGCUGAGUUUCAUCUGACGCGAGAGUCUGUUGACGUUUGGUCAAAACAAAGUACUGUCGCGCGGGUCGGUAACUCAGUAACAUUUUAUCGCAACAAUUCGUGGUAAAUGCAUCGUCCUUCUAUUCUUCAUUUUAUGUCUGUUUUUUUCUGUCUCACAUGAGACUAUCGUUCUAUUUUCUAGAUUUUUUUCUAGUGUACUUUCAGUAAAGUUGUGAUAAAAUAACUCCAUAAAAUCCAUAACCUUUUGGAGUGAAAGUGAGGAGGGAAGAAAUGUCUUCUGCAUCCAAAUAUACAUCGGACGAGAGUCUUGGUGAAUCGUGGGUGGAAUUAAAUCCUGCUCCUAUCGCUGAUAGAGUUACGCCUUUGCCAUUUGGAAGUGGAGGAGAGGAAUACUUACGUCUAUUGAGAGAAGCCCAGAGGGAUUCUACUCAUUCGUCAGCAAGACAUUCUCUGGCCUCUUCGCGGAGAGAUACUCCUGGGGACAGCCCAAAGAGUCCACCGAACAGCCCAAAUACUGAAUUAUCGAAUGAAGACGAUCUCAAAGGAGUUUAUAUAAAUUACAGUUGUGCCAAGGAUGCUGGCGAGCUGCUGGAAAAGGGAACAGAUUGGACGUAUGAUGAGUGGUGUUCACGCCCAGACCAAGUGCCACCAAAGGACUGGAAAUUCAAACAUCCACUUGGAGUAAUGAAGAAAAAAACUUACAGCAUCCGAACUACUAAGGUUGGCAAAAAUGGGCUUUUUUCCAAGGAGGUUCUUUACUCAUUAUUUCUCUCUAAUUUACUUUCUUUGCUCAUUGGCACAGGUGUCGGAGUUUGGCUAACCAGGCGAGGGCUUAUAAUGUCACGCAUGGCAAUUGAAUGAAUUACUAGUCCACGAAUUAGUGGUGAUGAUAAAGAAUAAGUCAUGGUAAUUAAUUAAGAAGAUUACAUUUAAUGAUUAUAAAUGGAAUGAAAAGAAGAUGAGAUAGAAGAAAGACUGAUGGCUGAAAUAUAAGAUUGUAAAACAGAGCCUAAAUAACUUUGCGCACUUGCAACAAACUAUUUCAAGACAAAAAUAUACACCCAUCUUUAUAUAUAAAACUAUUACAAUAUCAAAAAAGCAUUACAAAACUAUAUUGAGAUAAUAAUGGGUUUUUGCGUGUAACAGAAGUGUGUAUAUUACGCUGUCGCUCACAAAAUUGAUUUAGUAAUAUAGAUAUUGCUUAAAUGACAGUAUAUAUAUUUCGUAAACAAAAUUUUGACAUUGUACUUGUUAGGAUUUAAUUUGAUAAAUGUAGGCUACUAGUGAGAAACAGCACAGAAAAAGA